CACAAAGCCCUUUUAGUUAGUCAGUUGUUUACCAACAACGAGCGAGCCUUCCCUCUCCGUGGAGUCGCCGCCGGUCUCUUCGAUUAGAGCGGAGACUGUAGCUGCAGAAGGAGGACCCCGGAGGAGGGAGAGAAAUAGACGGCUGAGGCGGAGGUGGAGAAACGUCUUUCACGAACAGUGAAUCAAAUCCUUUAGCUUCCCAGAGCUUCACAUACAUUAGGAACUAUGCAGCAGGUCUCCCGCAAGAUGCUAAAGCUGGGAUUUGGGGUUCGGUUUCGUAUUAGGAAGUUAUGCUCUGUCUCAGGCAUUGCCCGAGCUGAUUGUGAAGACUAUUCAAUACCAGAUGAUGCUGCGUCUUCGAAACCCAGCAUCCAGAUUCCUCCAAACAUGGUGGAAAUCAACUCUCAGUUGAAGCUGCUGGUCAAGACUAAGCGCUUGACAGAUGCCCGGGAUAUGUUCGACAAAAUGCCUUACAGAGACGAAAUUUCAUGGACCACAAUUAUUUCUGGCUAUGUGAGUGCCAUGGACAGUGCCGAAGCAUUGAGAUUGUUUUCGAGGAUGUGGCUUGAGCCGUCGCUCCAAAUGGACCCCUUCAUAAUAAGCAUUGCGCUGAAAGCUUGUGGGCGGAGCUCGAGUGCUCGUUUCGGCGAAUUAUUACAUGGAUACUCUAUCAAAUCUGAUUUUGUCAGCUCAGUUUUCGUGGGGAGUGCUCUCUUGGAUAUGUAUGCUAAAGUUGGUAAAAUUGACAGAUGUCUCGUGGUGUUUACUGAUAUGCCUCUGAGAAAUGUGGUCUCUUGGACUGCUAUUAUAACUGGACUUGUCCGCUCUGGUUCUUACAAGGAAGGAUUGAUUUACUUCUCGGAAAUGUGGAGGUCAAAAGUUGUUUGUGAUUCAUACACGUUUGCAAUUGCUUUGAAAGCCUGUGCUGAUUUGGGUGCUUUGGAUCGUGGGAGGGAGAUUCAUUGUCAGACUAUAAAGAAGGGAUUCCAUGUCUGCUCAUUUGUGGCCAAUACUCUCACCGUCAUGUAUAAUAAGUGUGGGAAAUUGGAAUAUGGUUCAUGUUUAUUCGAGCAGAUGGAGUUGAAAGACGUUGUUUCAUGGACCACAACUAUAGCAACAUGUUCCCAAAAUGGGGAUCAUGAAAAUGCGGUCAAAGCCUUUAGAAGAAUGCGUGAAACUGGCGUAAGUCCAAAUGAAUACACUUUUGCAGCAGUGAUGACUUCUUGUGCUAGUCUUAGUAGACUUCGCUGGGGUGAACAAUUGCAUGCUCAUGUUUUCCGCUUGGGUUUAGUUGAUAAUUUAUCAGUGACCAAUUCCAUCAUAACCAUGUAUUCCAAAUGCGGACAGCUCGACUUAGCUUCCAGCAUCUUUGAGAAGAUGACUGAAAAGGACAUCAUUUCGUGGAGCACUAUAAUUGGAGAGUACUCUCAAGGAGGCUCUGGAGAGAAGGCUUUUGGUUACCUAUCUCAUAUGAGAAGGGAAGGCCCACAACCAAAUGAGUUUGCUCUUGCUAGCGUUCUAACUGUUUGUGGAAACAUGGCGAUUCUCGAGCAAGGAAAACAGCUUCAUGCUUAUACAUUACGCGUUGGUUUGGAACUGGAUGCCAUGGUACAAAGUGCUUUAAUCAAUAUGUAUUCCAAGUGUGGUAGUAUACCAGAAGCUUUGAAAGCGUUUUCUGAGGCUGAAGUUGAUUGCAUUGUGUCUUGGACUUCCAUGAUCAAUGGUUAUGCUGAGCAUGGGUUGAGCGAGCAAGCAAUUAGUUUGUUUGAGAAAUUUCGAAGAGUAGGUUUAAGACCAGAUUCAGUGACCUUUAUCGGUGUUCUCUCAGCCUGCAGUCAUGUUGGACUAGUUGACCUUGGUUUUCACUACUUCAAUUUGAUGAGUGAGGAAUAUGAGAUUUUCCCCUCAAAGGAGCAUUAUGGCUGCAUGAUUGAUCUCCUUUGCCGAGCCGGACGUCUAAAUGAUGCUGAGAGCAUGAUUGAGAACAUGCCAUUUCAACAGGAUGAUGUUGUUUGGUCAACUCUUCUUAGUGCAUGUAAGGUCCAUGGAGAUGUAGAUCGUGGAAAACGUACUGCUCAGAAGAUUCUAGAAAUAAAUCCUAAUUGUGCUGGCACGCACAUCACCCUUGCUAACCUGUAUGCUGCCAAAGGGAAGUGGAAGGAAGUAGCCGAAGUGAGGAAAAUGCUGAAAUGGAAGGGUAUAAUUAAGGAGACGGGAUCGUCAUGGAUAAAGAUGAGGGAUGAGGUUUCUACAUUUGUAUCUGGCGAUGACUCUCAUCCACGGGCAAAAGAUAUUUACAAUGUGUUAGGUUUGCUAUCCGUAAGAGAAGAUGAAGAUGCUAUGGGGAUAGGUUAUGAUCCAGUUAAUGUUGAUGAUCAGCAAAUAAAUGCUUUCUUGUAUUGAUCUGCUCAGGAGGAUUAAGCAGGCUUUCUUGCAUUAAUCUGCACAGGAGGAUUAACCGUUUAAUUGUCGUUAUGACUUGAGCAGGAGGUCUUAUUUGCUAAGGAUGUCCUGUGAGUAUCUCAAAAGCUGAAACUUUCACGAUGGUUGAGAUGAAGUGCGCGAUAAUCAUUGAGCCAUUGGACAAUGGGUAAGGCCUGGCUCGAGAAGUUCCCAUCAUCAAGCAAUCUUGAUUAAUCCAUAUAUCCACAUUCAGCAUCAGAGAGGGGCAGUCUGCAGUUUGCACAUACCGAAUUCUUGAUCCAUCAACUUUUCUAGCAUACUAUCAAGAAGAUGCUUCUUUAAUGCAGGAGCUAGAAAUGCAGAGAGCAGAACUACAAAUAGGUAAGCUCUCUGGCAAAACACUGUUGUUAUUCAACAACUUUAAAUUUGCCCUUAAUAAUAUGUUUUUACUCCCCCCACACAUGAUAAGGCAAGAAGUCAGUUACCCAUAAUAGUAUGUUCUGUGUGCUUGUUAUUCCCUGAUUUUCGCUCUCGCCUCUCUGAGACCAGUUCAAAUUCUGCAGCGUAAUGUUUCUGCUUUAGGUGUUUAUUUAAAAAUUUGAGACAGAAUUAUUUGUAAUCUCGGCAUUAGCGGGGUCUUUCUUUUUCCGCAGGCUUUAGAAAGAGCCAACGGAUACUCUCCCCCAGCGAUGGUGAUUGCUUUCUGGCCUGACACGAGCAGAAGCUCUGUGGAUGGGUCAGCUCCUAAUGCGAGAUCUCGCUCCACAUGGUUGCUUCAGGCUUCCUUUCAGGUAAAUCAAUUCACUGUAUCUCUUGUUCUCUUACUUUGUGUUGAACUUAUUCGACUCCCAGAUGGGGUUGAAUCAUUUGGAGUUGCUCUCGAAUCUUAUGUCGCAGUUCUGGACUAGGUAGAGGACCUAAGAACGGAAAAAUGAAGUUGCAGUGAUCCUCCUCAUGGUUAGUGAAUCUAGUGCAUCCUACAUAUCUUCCAUCUGUAAAUGGGAGCAAUCGCCAAAUUGAGAUUUGGGAACUUCGUUGUCAACGAAUGAUUAACCUGUCUCCUGUCCUAUAAGAUUUCCAAAUUGAUAGCUACUUCCUUCUGAUUUCUCCUGGCUCCAUACGGGUCAGUAAGUGGGUUUUCAGGGAUCUAGCACAUUUGGUUGGCAUCUAAUUCCGGAAUCUCUUUGGCCAGCUUUGUCGACCAUGGUUGGCAUCUUCUUCCGUCAUGUUCUGGACAUCAUCGUCAUUGAUCUGAAGUGAGGAAAAUAUGAUACUCCUUCCCUGUCAGAUUGAAGCAGAGAGCAACUUGUCCAGCAUGACAGAGCAAGUGGCAAGAAUACUGUCAAAGGUUACUGAAUAUGUUCUUAGCUUUAGCUGCAAUACAUAAUCAUUGUGUUUAUAAUUCGAUGUAAACAUGAAAGAGAACCAGUAACGAUGUGUGCAACAUUCAGGACGCGGAGUCUGGCAGCCCUAACUGAUUGGUCCUGUUGGGAAUGGGUCGAACUUAAGGAGCAAACUUAGUACACGCCGCAUAAACCCUUUUGUAUGGUUAUGAUAAAGAUAAGAGUUUGUUUUCUCCGGUUAAUAAUGAUGAUGGAUUUUGAAGUUAUUACGGGAUAUUAUUACAUUAAGCACAGUCUUGUCUAUCCUUUCAAUAAGUAUGAGCUAGUUGAACCCCUUUUGGAGAUUGAUUGAAUUUGCCGAGAGGAUUUUCUUGGGGUCAGUUUUCCCAGAAAGGUUAUUCGUGAUGAAGACCCUUAAUGGAGUGGGUCUGCCCUUAUGUUACUCGGGAGGGGUUACUGUGCUAAUUGUACAAUAGUUAGCACCGUCCUAACCAAGGGAAAAACUACUACUAGUUUGAAUUAGUAGUGAUUUAGUUUAGAUGUUGUAUUGAUUUUAUAAUAAUUCAUAGUGAUUUUUGCUAGUUAUCACGGUGCUAACCCCUAUAAGGGUUAGCACCUAAUCCCAUCCCUAUGUUACUCUGGUUUGGGUCGUGUGUUUUGAUGAUAUCUUUUUACUAAUUCCUAUAUCUAGCCGGUAGGAAUCUGUAACCUCUGGCAGUUUUGCCUCCCUUUAAUAAAAAAAUUAUGUUACC